GGGCAGGCUCAGUCUUUUGCCUCAGACGCUAGCUGUAGCUGGCAGUCAGUCGUACGUGCUCCCGUGUCUUCAGUGCCCGCCGCUGCCGUCGAGUUCGCGUCGGUUCUCCCGGGCUCUUCUGAGCUGCCCACUCUACCGCACGCGCCGCCGCCGUCAUCCGCCACCAUGGUGAAGCUCGCAAAGGCCGGCAAAACCCACGGUGAAUCCAAGAAAAUGGCUCCUCCCCCAAAGGAAGUGGAAGAAGAUAGUGAGGAUGAAGAAAUGUCAGAAGAUGAAGAAGAUGACAGCAGUGGAGAAGAGGAGGUUGUCAUCCCUCAGAAAAAAGGCAAGAAGGCUACAACUCCAGCAAAGAAGGUAGUUGUUUCACAAACAAAAAAGGUUGCAGUUCCCACACCAGCUAAGAAAGCUGCUGUUACCCCAGGUAAAAAGGCAGCAGCCACACCAGCCAAGAAGGCAGUCACACCAGCCAAAGCAGUUGCAACACCUGGUAAGAAGGGAAUCGCACAAGGAAAAGCAUUGGUAGCAGCCUCUGGUAAAAAGGGAGCUGUCACACCAGCCAAGGGCGCUAAGAAUGGUAAGAAUGCGAAGAAGGAAGAGAGUGAUGAAGAUGAGGACGAUGACGAGGACGAUGACGACAGUGAUGAGGAUGAAGAUGAGGAAGAAGAGGAUGAAUUUGAACCUCCAGUAGUGAAAGGAGGGAAGCCAGCAAAAGUAGCUGCUGCUGCUCCUGCUUCAGAGGAUGAAGAUGAGGAAGAUGAUGAGGACGAUGAUGAUGAUGAUGAAGAAGAAGAUGAUGACUCUGAGGAAGAAGCUAUGGAGAUCACACCUGCUAAAGGAAAGAAAGCUCCUGCAAAAGUUGUUCCUGUGAAAACCAAGGCUGUGGCUGAAGAGGAUGAUGAGGAUGAUGAAGAUGAUGAGGAUGAUGAUGAAGAGGAGGAAGAUGAAGAAGAGGAUGAUGAAGAUGAAGAAGAGGAGGAAGAGCCUGUUAAAGUAGCACCUGGAAAAAGGAAGAAGGAAAUGACCAAGCAGAAAGAAGUCCCCGAAGCCAAGAAACAGAAAGUAGUGGAAGGCUCGGAAUCAACAACACCUUACAAUCUCUUCAUUGGAAACCUUAAUCCAAACAAGUCUGUUGCAGAAUUAAAAGAUGCCAUCAGUGAACUUUUUGCUAAAAAUGAUCUUGCUGUUGUGGAUGUCAGAACUGGUACAAAUAGGAAAUUUGGCUAUGUGGACUUUGAAUCUGCUGAAGACCAAGAAAAGGCCUUGGAACUCACUGGUUUAAAAGUGUUUGGCAAUGAAAUUAAACUAGAAAAACCAAAAGGAAGAGAUAGUAAGAAAGUUCGAGCUGCAAGAACACUUUUAGCAAAAAACCUUUCAUUCAACAUCACUGAGGAUGAUUUAAAAGAAGCAUUUGAAGAUGCUGUGGAGAUCAGAAUGGUUACCCAAGAUGGGAGGUGUAAAGGGAUUGCUUACAUUGAAUUUAAGUCUGAAGCUGAUGCACAGAAAAACCUUGAAGAGAAGCAGGGGACAGAAAUUGAUGGGCGAUCUGUUUCACUCUACUACACUGGGGAGAAAGGACAACAAAGGCAAGAAAGACCUGGAAAGAAUAGCACUUGGAGUGGUGAAUCAAAAACUUUGGUUUUAAGUAACCUUUCCUACAGUGCAACAGAAGAAACUCUUCAGGAGGUAUUUGAGAAAGCAACUUUUAUCAAAGUGCCCCAGAACCAACAAGGCAAAUCUAAAGGGUAUGCAUUUAUAGAAUUUGCUUCAUUUGAAGAUGCUAAAGAAGCUUUAAGCUCCUGUAAUAAAAUGGAAAUCGAGGGCAGAACAAUCAGGCUGGAGUUACAAGGACCCAGGGGAUCAGCUAAUGCAAGAAGUCAGCCAUCCAAAACUCUGUUUGUCAAAGGUCUUUCUGAAGAUACCACUGAGGAGACCUUAAAAGAAUCAUUUGAGGGCUCUGUUCGUGCAAGAAUCGUUACAGAUCGGGAAACAGGUUCCUCUAAAGGGUUUGGUUUUGUAGAUUUCAAUAGUGAGGAAGAUGCCAAAGCUGCCAAGGAGGCCAUGGAAGAUGGAGAAAUUGAUGGAAACAAAGUUACUUUGGACUGGGCCAAACCUAAGGGUGAGGGUGGCUUUGGUGGCCGAGGAGGAGGCAGAGGAGGUUUCGGAGGCCGCGGUGGUGGCAGAGGAGGAAGAGGCGGAUUUGGCGGCAGAGGAGGCCGGGGAGGCUUUGGAGGUCGAGGAGGCUUCCGAGGUGGCAGAGGAGGAGGAGGGGGAGACUUCAAGCCACAAGGAAAGAAGACGAAGUUUGAAUAAUUCCUUCCAUCCUAAUCUUUCCCGAUUCAUUUUAAAGAAAGGACUCUGGGGUUUUACACUGUUACCUGUUAAAAAUGACAGAGCCUUUUAAGGACAUUUCCAGAGGUUUUUUUUCCUACAGUCUUUUUUUUUCUUUUUGCGUUGGGGUUGUAAAAGAAUGUUUAUCAUGUUUUUUUGUUUGUUUUUUGUCUUUUUUUUUUUUUUUUUUUUUUUUGCUUCAGUGACUUUAGGACAAAUUAAAAGUCCUAAGCUCUGGUGCCAGAUUUGUACCUUCCUAAAUGUUCCUUUUGGAAUGAUGCUUAAGAGCUCAGCAAGACCAACUCUUCUAUUCAGACAGAUUCUGAGUAGUGGGGAUUUGAGGUGUGUUCUACUGCUUUCAAGAAUUCCGGCUAAAAAAAGUGAAAAUUAGUUUGAGGGGAGGAAGCACAGCAGUUUCUGAACUGGAAGGUUUGUUGAAGAUGAUGCAUUUGCACCUCAGAUGGUGGGUGUACUGGACAAUUGGUGGUGAGAAACACAUGGAUCAUUGCUGAGAUGGCAGUAAAGUAAAGCCAUACAAGACCUUGUGUCAUAUGUAAUUUUAAUCACAGUUUUUGACUUCCAGGUUAGGCUAAAACUCCUGUUAAAAACAAAAAAAAUAGCAUGUCUUACAGAACCCUUGGAAAACCACAAGGUUAUACGUGGCAACUGUAUAGAUCCUGUGUAGAGAGAACCUGACUGGAAGUUUGUGUAGCUAAAGGAAAGGUGCUCCCUCCAAUAUAUUUAGAAGUACAGUGGCCCUUGGCCUGUGUGUUUAGAAUGGGAUAUACAACUUAUCUCAGUGGUCCAUCAUCCAUCCUCUGUUUUUAAUAACCUGCCCUCACUAUUGGCUUUUUUAAAAGAUCAGGCAGAGCUAACUUGUCUUGAACAAACCCAAAGGCCCUCUGCUCUUAGAACCUUUCAGAUUGGGUAUGUGGUGUGGCCCUCAAAUAUUUUAAAGGUUUAAAGUAUUUACCCUGUGUAGAAAAUAAUUAGGAUGCUAUACACACUGGAUUUGUAUAAUGUGGAUCAGUUUGGUGGGUUCUUUUGCUCUGGGGAGGGGAGCCCUGGACUCUGCUGGCAUUUCUAGGAAAAAGAAAAAUUAACUUAAAACUGGAGGUACUUCAGGGGAGAGAAACAAAUGGUAAAACUGGUGGUAGUCAAAGAGGAACAGGAGGCAGAAGCAGGCACAUCUUCAGCUUGAGACUAUCCUGUACAGAACAAGUUCCAGAGCAGCCAAGGGCUUCACAAAUCCUUACCUGAAAAGCAAAAAGAAAGCCAGACAAUGGUGAUGUAUGUUUCGGUGCUAGCAGGGCAGGCAUGUGCUAAUUUCUUGUGGAGUAAGAAUUCAUGAUAGUUACCUUGCAGAGUUGUCAAAAGUUGCUCUGCCUUACUAUAGGAUGCCUCCCCCCAUUCUAAAUUGGAAAACCUUGCAGCCAUUUUAGAGGAGCGGUAAGCUUCCUUUCUCAUUCUCCAGCUGGUGGCAAUAUAUAAGUGUACAUGAAAACUGAGGGAGGUCCGCAGAUAAACUCUAAACUUGAGUUUUCCAUCUGCUUUUGACCAUACUAGCCUAGUAGUGUGGUUUGUUUCCUAUCUAGGAAUGAUAGUGACUAGAGAUUGCCAAGUCUACUAGUUCUCAGAUUAUUUCCUGAACCUCAAAAAGAUAGGCAAGAUAGAGGAUGGUGACUGACUUAAGGUGUUAAAGGGAAAGAAAAAGCAAAAUCCUGAGGAUCAGGAUUUUUUUUCUCCCAUUUCUUGUAUGUUGGUUUUUUCCUGCAUCUAUUGUUGGUGUGUGUCUCUGUAUGAUUUCUGCCCAUAGAGGCCAGGAGAUUGAGGGCUCAGGUUGACCUGGAACGCACAAGUAAGUUUUUUAGACACUGGGUGCUGGAAGUUUACCCUGAGUCCAUUCAUGGAAGGAACAGCAAGCACUCCUAUCUGCCGAACUAUUUUUGCAGUCCUGAAUUAAAGGCAUGUACCACUACCACCACCACGUCUGGAUUUUGACAUUUUGCAUCCAGCUAAUGGCAAACUACAAUGGCAUAAGAAAAACGCUCUCUUAAAGACAGGAAUCUGCUCUUGUUUGCAGUCCUCUAGAAACCAAAACAAAUGCUCAUAAGUGUUCAGCAAGAGAUAGAACACUAACGAAUACCCACCAUAUAUGUUUAAAUACAGUGCACUAUUUAGUUAGUGGCUACCAGAGGAAAUUUGGUUUUUAAGGCAGGGUUUCUCUAGCUUUGGAGUGUGUCCUGGAACUAGCUGUAGACAAGGCUGGGCUCAAAUUCAGAUCUACCUGUCCCUGUGCUGGGAUUAAAAGCAUGUGUCACCUUGCCCAACUAUGAUAUAUUUUGUCAAAAGGAUGAGUCAGGUGGUGAUGACAAGCAACUUAAAUCCCAACACCCCAAAAAUGAUGGACAAAGUAACCUGGUGCUGUCAGUAGCUUUUCUCCCCUAUCUUUUUCUUUGAACAUUAAUUUGGAUACUUUCUAUUGAUCUGUUUUCUAGUUCACUGGAGACGGGGUUUCUAUGUAGCAUUGGGAGUCUAUCUUGUAGACCAGCCUGGCCUCAAACUCGGAGAGCCGCCUGACUCUUGCCUCCCAAGUACUGGGAUUAAAGGUGUGCAUCACCAACACCCAAUUUAUUUUCUUUUAAUUUAAACAACAUGGAUUUUAUUUAUGUGGGUGUUUUUCCUGUGUUUUCACUAUGUAUACAGUGCCACUGGAGGCCAGAAGAGGGUGGAUCCCCCAGUAUUGGAGUUACAGAUGAGGUUCCCUGGACUCCUAACAGCUGAACUGUCUCUAAAUCCCUGGAGUAUUUUCUAGGCUUUUAAUUCCCAGUUCACAAAACCCUCAUAUUUGUCAUUUAAUAUCUCCAUCUUUUCAUGAAAAUUUCUUUGAAACAUC